UUUGAUCAUUUCCAUGCGUGUCACAGAAAUACUCGAAAUCUGUGAGGAAUUGCUUCCUCUAAACAAAUAUAUGCACACGACAAGUCAAAAUAUGUGGAGCUUGAAUCCUGAAAGAGAGCAGCCGGACAACACAGGAACCCAUAAACGACCUCUUCCUCUUCCCUUUGCAAAACUUGCAGAGAUUUACCCUCCUGGUUUUCUCAGAAAGGUAUUGGCAGAGAUUAUAGGAACAUAUCUGUUGGUGUUUGUGGCAAGUGGGGCGGCUGCUCUGAAUGCUUUUGAUGAGCAGAAAAUAUCAAAACUAGGAGCUUCACUUGCAGGAGGAUUCGCUGUGAUUGUGGUGAUCCAUGCCAUCGGACACAUAUCUGGCGCUCACAUGAACCCAGCAGUGUCCUUAGCUUUUGCUGCUGUGAGGCAUUUUCCAUGGAAACAGGUUCCAGUAUACGUGGCAGCACAAUUGACAGGAGCCAUUUCUGCCUCUUUUACUUUGCGGUUGAUAUUGAACCCUAUAAGACAGCUGGGGACGACCUCACCUUCUGGAAGUGAUGUCCAGGCUCUCGCCAUGGAGAUGGUGGCGACGUUCACUAUGAUGUUCGUCGCCUCCGCCGUGUCAACUGAUGCAAAAGCUGUUGGAGAACUCGCGGGAGUUGCAGUAGGCUCUUCAGUAUUCAUAGCAGGCAUCCUUGCAGGACCUAUAUCAGGGGGAUCAAUGAACCCAGCAAGAACACUUGGUCCUGCAAUAGCAAGUGGAUCCUAUAAAGGACUUUGGGUCUAUCUGGUUGGACCAGUUUUUGGGGCACUUUUGGGAGCAUGGUCUUACAUUACUAUUAAAGAGACGGAUGAGUCAGCUCCAGCCAAUUCACUGCUAUCAUUUCCAUUCGAGCUACACUCAAAGAAUAGGGAAACUGAACAAGUUAAAAACCAAGACAGGCCACAAAUCAUGAGUGAUAAUAAAGUUCAAAACCCAGCCACGGCACUCUCAAUACUGGAUAUCGAAAGAUCUCUCAAUGGUGUAUCAUUCGAUUCUUGAGUUCAUUUAUCAUUUAGCUACUAUAUACUGAUGAAACGCGUUCUGCAUACGACUACAAUAUAGGCAGCACGACUAACAGAUAAGAAACCUACUUUUCAAAAACAUGCAAGAGUUUACAAAUCUGAUGGAGCAGUCUUUCAUUUAUGUUUCCAUAGGUUCGUACUAUGCGAAAAGGUCAGUUACAGCAGUAAUAUGUUACAUCAAUUAGAGCCCGUAUAUAUAAAUAACAAUAAUACAAUAUUAUGCAAAACUAGUACAUGAGACAGCAAUGAAGCAUCUCCUAUAUACAGCAUCAUUAGUGACAAAUCCCAUCAAGCAGCUUUUUUACAUGCUCCAAAACUUCCUGGAUUUAUAGUAAUGCUUUUAGUGCAACUAUAUCAGACUUGUAAAUCCCAACUAGUCGAUUUGCCAGCUCAAACAUAUUGUUCCUGAGACUGUUCAAGGCAAAAUAUAACAUGGUAAGUACAAUAAUCAUCAUCAGCUGCACCAAGAAUCAUCCUAAAUAGAACCUUGAGGUGAGCAACCAACCAACCUUAUGAUAAUGAACUUGUCCUUUACAUAAUGCCCCACAAUAGAUACGUUCUUGAAAUCUAUCACACCAAAUAACCCAUUAAAUUAAUUAUAAUGCAAAUGAAAAAACGCAUUUAAUGAAUUGAGCAACAAGGUUACAUAAAGUGGGGUAGGCUUAUAAUGAUGAAGAGCAAAAACAAGCGCCAAUGACCUAAGAGUCUGCAAGUAAAUGAAAGAAUUUAAACAGCAUGCUAUUACAUGUUAGCCCAGAAAAUGGAAGACAUGCUCAUAAAAACAUAAUUUGAAAUGCUCAUAAUUUGAAUCAAAUCAAAAAUUAAGUCCCAACAAGUUUGAUAACUAAACUUUUCACCACCAGAUAAAUUUGCAAUAUUCUUCCAGCUUUUCUCUGGCGGUCUAACACUGAACACAACACCUUCAGAGAAAGGAUCCAAAGAAUCCACUUGUUCAAGUUCAGCAUCGGCUCCAAGUGUGAUCAUCUGCAAGGCGCAAAAGAGGAGUUGCGUGCUAAUUGUCACAACCCUACAAGGUGCGUGCACAAGACAGUUCAAUGAGGCAUAAACGAGCAAGGAGAGCCAAAUAAAAGAUCCAUGGCUAAAUAAAGGAGCAUUGAUCGGAAAAUUCUGAAAAAGGAACUAAACCAGACACUUCAAUGGAAAUGUUCUCUAGAUCCAGAACCAUAUUGCCAGCAAUGCAAAAUCAGAUUGGCAUGCAAAUCAUGCCAACCUGUGGGAAUAAGGGUCAAACUGUGAUAGAAUUUACGAGUACAACAAUUUAAACUAAGGAAAAUGAGUAAUCAGCAUGUCCUUUUUAAAUAUAUAUAUAUAUAUAUAUAU